UCUUCAUUGCAAACUUGAACAAGUCCAAACCGACGACUUCAAAAAGUAGACGCUAUUGACUUAUUAUUCAGCGAUCAUUUUCCUAUUCAUGAAUUUCUGUUAUUAAUCCACAAAAAAAAUAAUUAAACUAAGCAAUCACACACAUACCACCCAAAAAAAAAAGAAAAAAAUGUUGUCUAGUCAUCUUCUUUCCUUCCUCCUUCUUUCUCUUUUAAUUUCCGGCAUCUUUUCAGACCUUAAUGCGGAUAGAGCCGCUCUCCUCCGCCUGAGUGCGGCCUUCAGAGGCCGCACUCUUGGGUGGAACACAACCAAUUCAACCCCAUGCUCAUGGCAAGGUGUCAAAUGUGAUACUACAAUCAACCGUGUAAUUGAACUCCGUCUCCCCGGAUAUGGUUUAUCCAGUGAGAUGCCCUUAAAUUCCAUCGGAAACUUAAGUGAACUACGUAUUCUCAGCCUUCGGAGCAAUUUUUUAUCGGGUUUUCUUCCUUCUGACUUAGGCUCAUGCACUGAGCUACGCAUUCUUAAUUUGGAAAACAACAACUUUUCUGGUUCAAUUCCUACUACUUUUUUCAAUCUAAACAAUCUUUUACGAGUGAGUUUUUCAGGGAACAGGUUCUCUGGUGAGAUAUCAAACGCGUUUAACAAUCUGACUAGGCUGAAAACUUUGUAUUUGGAGAAGAACAAUUUCUCUGGCUCACUUCCUGACCUGAAAAACCUCUCACAGCUCAAUGAAUUCAAUGUGUCUUUCAAUAGAUUAACGGGUUCGAUCCCUUCUAGUUUAGGUAAAUUCUUAGCCCCUUCUUUUCUUGGAAAUUCACUUUGUGGUCCUUCUGUCUCUCUUAGUCCUUGUCCUGAAAAUAAUAAGCCCACCAACCAAUCGGAUAAUCUUUCCGGUGGAGUAAUAGCUGGAAUAGUAAUUGGCUCGAUUAUCGGAUUGUUUUUACUACUUUUAGUUUUGUUUGUGUUGGUGAGAUCAAUUUGUAAGAGUAAAAUGAGUUCCCAUCGAGUGAACGUAUCUCCUUAUAUGUCGAAUCAAAUGCUUCCGAGUCCUCAUUCAACAAUAGUGGCAGAAAAUCAUGAUAUUGAAAAUGUUUUUUCGGACACGAAAGAUACAAAGGAAAUAGAAAGGGGGAAAGUUUGUGAUGAUAGGGCUAACGGGAUGGUGUUUUUUGGGGAAAGUUUUGAGUUGUUUAGUUUGGAGAAUUUAUUGAUGGCUUCGGCGGAGGUUUUGGGGAAAGGGUUAACUGGAACUACUUAUAAAGCAUAUCUGGAUAGAGAUGUUGAAGUUGUUGUGAAGAGGUUGAAAAAUGUUUGUGUUUCAGAGAAGGUGUUUAGGGAAAAAGUAGAGGAAUUGGGAGGAAUUGGUCAUGGGAAUUUGGUGCCUCUUAGAGCAUACUAUUAUGGAAGAGAUGAAAAACUAAUUGUUUAUGACUCUAUGCCUACAAGCUUGUCUGCUGUUUUGCAUGGCGAAAGAGUUUCAAAAGAAGCAUUGACAUGGGUGAUUAGGAGCAGAAUUGCAUUAGGAGUUGCCAUUGGAAUUGAAUAUCUCCAUUUACUAGGCCCUAAAGUUGCUCAUGGCAACAUCAAGUCAUCUAACAUCCUCCUCACGCAGUACUACGACGCAUAUGUAUCAGAAUUUGGCCUAAAACAGUUGAUUUCCUCCACAUCAAAUUCUAAAAUGACUGGAUACUGCGCGCCUGAGGUGACAGAUACUCGAAAUGUUUCCCAGAAAGCCGAUGUCUAUAGCUUUGGAACCAUUCUGUUGGAACUCCUAACAGGUAAAAAUCCUAGCAGUGCCAUCAACGACGAAGGGAUGGAACUGCCUAAAUGGGUGAAAUCUAUAGUUGUAGAGAAGGGGAUAACACAAGUAUUUGAUCCUGAGUUGAAUAGAUUUCAGAAUUCUGCUGAAGAGCAAAUGGUUUCAUUGCUGCAUCUUGCUAUUUCUUGUACAUCCCAGCACCCGGAAAGGCGGCCGCCUAUGGCUGACAUUACCAGGCGCAUCAAAGAAAUUUUUAGGUGAGAUUUGUUAAUGUUGAUCUUUUCCCCUCAUUCUUGUCCAAAUGAAGGUGAAAAUAUCAUGUUUUUAUUCGUUUCUUGGUUCAACAGCAGGGGCGAAUCUAUUGCUUAAAAAUGGGGCACAUGAAUCAUGAAUGUAUAUAUUUUUUAAAUUGGUAUAAUAUUAUCCGCUAGAUCUCUCAUGCUACAACAAGAUUAAAUUAUGCACUUGAUUGAAUGUUAAGUUAUUUACCUUGAUUGAAUGUUAAGUUAUUUACCUUGAGCACUAGGCCAGUUCCUACUUAAUUCAUUUUUUAUUUUAUUUUAAUAAUGCAUCUGUGCUCUAAAAAUGCUAAA